AGACAUAACCAAGCGAUAUCCAUAGUUUAAUGGCGGAUAGUGAGACUGAAGUGACAUCAACGUCGACAAUCAUGAAGAACGAUCCUUGGACCCCGCUACCGUCGAUGUCAGCUAAUUUACCGCCGGCUCCUAAAGACCCUCUUUAUGAUAUGAUCAGCUCUGAAGAAUAUCUGGAGUCAUUGAAUCGACGAUUACAACAGAUCAAGUUAGAAGGCCGAAAAGAGCCAACAUCAAAAGACAUCAUCAAGGAAUUGGCACUGAAGAAAGCAGAUAUUAUGAAAAAUUUUCUCGAAGAAGGUGGCUCCUUAGAAUUUGAUGAUGCUAAUGCUUUAGAUGAUGAUAAUUUUCAAUCCUAUUUCCAAAGGAAAUUCUGCCCUGAACGACAAGCUCUCUCCACUGAAGAACUAAUUACCUUAUUACAGGCUGACGAACUAACGAAUCAAGUAGAAAAUAACAGUAAUGAAGAGUCUGUUGAUAUUGAAAACAGAGAAAUCUAGAUUGAAAUGACUUUUUUUUUAUCAAUAUGUAAAUAUGUACUAAUUAAAAUUGCACCAUUUGAUAAACUGUUUGAAGGAUUUUAGAAGAAACUUUUCUAAAAUUGAGUUUUGUUAAGAAAGAAAAGAGACAUUGAAAUCAAUUUAACAGAAACUUUUUUUAUAAUUGAAAUGAUUUUUUUUUUCAUCUGGGAAAAGUCAAAAGUAUUUCUAUAGAUGGUCCAGAUAGAUAUCAUUAUUCCAUGCAGGUUAUACUAAAUUAUUUACUGUAUUUACUUGUGUAUAAGUUACGCCCCUCUCUCUUCUCUUAGGUAUCUUGAUUCCUCAGGGAACAUAGGGCCGCAACAACAUUUUUCCAACAGACGCGGUUCUAGGGGAUCCUCAUCAGCUUGACCUACGCCAUUCUGGCUGCCCUCACCUCUGUGUCAACAUUCCUGCACCAAGGAUGUUCCUGGUUUCAUUCUUGGUUGUCAGAAAAGUUAUUGGUACACUGGCUUCAUCAUCAUUCGUCAUUGUUCGACCGUGGUCGAGACAAUGGAAUUUACUAUGCUACGCCAGACUUCACGUCCAUCAUAACAUUACGGAGGUCCUGUUGCUGGAUGCCUGUAUCCCUGGCUUCCCGAAGACUUUUACCAGCUCGCGUCAUGCGCUCUACCAGAGAGGACUCUUCUUCGACCAUAUCGUUUGGGAGUGCUGUUGUGGUUUCUGUAACAGGUGUGUUUUUUCUUACUAGACCAGGUUGUUAGCCCAAUGCUAAACCCCCAACUUGGAAGGCCAGUUGAAUGCUCUUCAUCUGGUCUCUAUCCUUCGACAUGUCUGGCUUGGGUGGCCCUACCAGGAGACAAAUCUCCCACCAGCAUAGCCCACAUGGUCAUGGAGACACACAAGCCCUGCAACCAACAAGAUGGUACUCAUCUGCAAGGAGUUACACUCCUAAUUUUGUGUUAAAUCUCGAUACAAAUUUUUUACUUUGAAGUUUAAGCUUUGCCCCAUGUAUAAGUUGCAGCCCAGUUUAUUCAGUUAAAAUUAAGUAUAAAAUGGUGUGGUUCAUACACACAAAAAGAGCUGACACUCCACCGGUUACGAUGACAAGUGUUCCAGUUGAUCUGAUCAACAGAACAGCCUGCUAGUGAAAUUAACAUGUACGUGGCUGAGUACUCCACAAACAUGCAUACCCUUAACAUAGCACUCGGGAAGAUUCAGCAUGACACAGAAUGUGACAAGGCCAGCCCCUUGUGAAUUACAGGUACAACUCCUUUUUGCCAGCUGAGUGGAGUUGGGCAAUGUGAAAUAUAGUGGCUUGCACAAGGGUACAUCUCUGCCAGGCAUUGAACCCACAGCCAUACAAUCAUGAGCUAUACCCUAACCACUACACCAUACGCCUUCACUUAAACAAAAGUAAAUAUGACAUGUAAUCGAUUUUAUUUUAUGUUUUGUCACUUGUUUGUAAGUUAAAUAUUACUGUUAGCCAUUUAUAAAUGAUCUGUGAUGGUAUUAUUAUAUAUUAAAAGAUGUUAUUUAUUCAACAAUAA